AUUUGAAGUGAAGAUAGCCCGACGAAUAAUCCUAAUCGUACGUUAAUGGACAAUAACGUCGAUAAUGCUAAUAAUAAAAAAGAUAAAAACGCCAUUGAUCUCCUUUGUGAGGUGUUAGAACAUGAGAUAUCUAAAAAGUGCAUCGAAAACAACAUAAGAAAGGAUCAAGAGGAUUCUUCCAAAGAGGAACGAUCUGAACAAGAAGAAGAAGAUAUCAAUGGUGAAUCUGAUUGUAUUUUAGAUGAAAAUAAUGUCAAUUAUGGCUCUAAACUUUGGUCAAAAGAUGAAAAGACUGGAAAUUAUCGUUUAACACAUGGAUUACCAGGAGGUAGAAAAUUUCGUACUAUGGAAAACCUCUAUGAGAAUACUAUCAGGCUCUCACCAGUUGAAGAUGAAUUUAAUUGGGAAUUUCCAACUAACAAAGAUCCAAUUAAUAUGAAUGUCUCGACAAAAGAAGAUUCAAGUAUCAAAACGAACAAAGAGGAUGUUGGUUCUAAGAGAAAAGAGAUAGAAAAUGACAAUGGAAAAAAGGAUGCUGAGGCUUCUUCCAACUAGCUUCAAGAUUGCAUUUUAAUCAUUUCUUUGAAUGUUGAAUUAUACCAAUUAAUUUAAAACUAAUACCAUAUUAGUUGUUGUAGUGCUACACAUGUACUUGUAGUUUCUUUUUUGGUGAUGUUUGUUGUUUC